AUGGAGAAUUACGAAGCCUCCGUCCGUGGCUCAGAGGACACAAUUCAAAGUUCCGAGAGGUCCACACGUCGUCUUGAUACUAGAAGUAACUCUCCAGCAACCGGGCCAAUGCCCUCUAGAGUUUGCGAUGGUUGUAUCCGGAGAAAAGUCAAGUGCGACCAAAAACGCCCUAGUUGCUCACGUUGCGUGGAGCAUGGGAUAAUAUGUACCUACUCCUCAAUACGACGCAAGCCUGGACCCUUAAGAGGCUCACAUCGCGUCAAGCGGUCAGAGAAAGUCCAAGAAGCUUCAGGCCGUCGGCGAUAUUAUGCUAGCCCGCGAAUGCAAGUCGACGAUGACGCAUAUCUCGAUGAUUCAAUGUCAACGUCCGGGGACUCCCCCGCUUCCUCGACGCUUCGGCCACGAGAUGCUUCCAAAGAGCCAAACAUCACCCAGUCUGCCAAUUCGCUCGAGUGUGAAAUCUCCCCAUGGCAGGAAGAAUAUCUUCUUGACAAGUACUUCGACUUAUUUAAUGACGCCAACCCGAUAUUUUCUCGAGAAAACUUUCUGCACAGAUAUCGGAAGGCGCUAUGCUGUCAAGAUCUCAUUUCCACGAUGACCAUAAUUACGGCCAAGUUGAUCGGCUUUGCCCUCGAAGGCCCAGACCUGGAUGCCCGCAUUGACCAUCUGCUCAGUGCAAAUCAUCUAGAACUCGAUAUAAUAGGGGACUCGCCAACUCUCGACCAGAUGCGCAAAGCGUACAUACUGGCAUUCUAUGAGUUUCAUCAGUUUCCGGGCGACCAGUCGUGGAUGCGUAUGGGCAGGUUGACACGGAUUGCUUAUCGAGUAGGAAUAGACAAGCUUGAGCGCCUCCCCACAUUUUAUUCUGAUUGGGCUGCUAUCAGCAAAGCCGAAAUGCAGGAAUGGAGACUGCUCUGGUGGUGCAUCUAUAAAGUCGAUUCAUAUACGAACCUCGCAGCAGGUACACCUUAUUUGAUCAAUAAGGACUUUAUCAAUACCGCCCUUCUGACGAGUCAAUCAAGCACAAUAUUAUCAAAUGGGGGGUCAAAUGACUGCAAAGAAGUAUACUUACCAACCAGCUCCGAAGAUUUGUGGGAAGUAAUCCCUGCGUUAACUUCCAAUCCGGAUACAUUUCUGGCAAAUAUUCAUAUAGUUACUGUGACCGCCAUGCGCGAUGUCGCCUUAGUUGGCCGCAUAUAUUUCUUACGUGCACACGCGGACACAGUCGAGGCAUUUAGUGAAGCUGGAAGACAGCUUUCGGCUCUUCGACUCGCACUUCCAUUUGGGUGGCUCAACACAGAUCGUAACGCCUUGGCAGGGGAAUCCCAGCCAAAUCAUCACGCAAGACUAGUCACCAUUUUUCAUCUGUCCUUCGCGCAAUUAUUCAUGGAGGUUCUAAAUUGUAGAGGCGAAGAAGGCGAGGGAUGGACACGAAGCUGGCAAAGAAUCCUUGAAAAUUGCCAGAACGUUGCAAGAGCGGCUGCUCGGUGGGAUAGUUCGUUUUGUGUCAGAGUGGACCCAGCGAUCAGUCUUGUUUUUCUCACGGCACUCAUUUUCCUUGAAGUUCAUAAGAAGACGAGUGUUAGUUCCGCCACAGUCAAUUUGGAAUCCAUCAUCAAGCAAGAUCAGGCCAUAAUUCGCCUGCUCUUGGACCAAUUUGCGAAGAUCUGGACGCUACCGAGGCUUAUCAUAUUGUCCUUCGAAAGCUUCAGAGAAUCAUUUUCUGGCGUUUCCGGUUCACUAUCUCAACGUCAAAUCAAAGCAAUCCUGAUGGGUUAUAAAGGUCCAUUGCACCCAAGAUGGGUGCAAUUCCUCGCUUCUGUUCGUACAAUCGUGAACGAUGCCGGCUAG